UAAGUUAAACCAAAUUGUCCAGGGUAUUCUUAGUAAGGUAUGUCAAAGGUCAUGGUUAAGUGACUUUGUAAGGCUGGUAUUUUUUCUUUAGUUUUAUGGCAAUCAGUGCACAUGGUAAAUAGCAUAAAAUUACCCUUAAAGGUCUUAUGCAAGGAGAUAGCUAAUUAAAAUGAACAAAUGUAGUUCUAUGUAUGAUGUAUAUAGAGACAAUAAUAUUUCUUUUCUUUUUUCAUUUUCAGGAACUUUACGUAGGUCUACAGUUUUAAUUUUGGACUCAUGCACUAGGAAUAUCAUAUCAGCAGAAUUGUGCCACUGAAUCAAAGGGAACUCUUUUUUUUUAGGUACGCAUGAUCGAUGUAACUUCCUCGAUGGUGUGUUGGCUGUUUGCCCAUGUGUAUUUCGGGGUAUAGGAGUAGCCUCCCCUUUUAAAGAUCAAAAAUGGUGAUUUUACAGUGCGGCAUGCAGUCUGGUCUUCAACGAAGAGUUUUGACACCUGUAAUACCCAUAUUUCUACCAUUCACCUCUGUAACCUUUGUUGAGUUCAUCAGACUGGAAGUUGAGGAACAAAGUUGACAGGACAUCCUGAACUGUCUUCGCUACCAGCUUAUGAGGGAACCAGCUGCAGUGGACAAAGUAUGUUACAUCAUAGGAUAAUAGCAUUGAAUUGGAUUCUUGAACCAGAGCCAUGUGAACCUGGUCCACCUGUACCUCUCAUUGAAGACCUGUUAACAUCACCAGAGUAUGUUCAUUCUGAUACCCCUAUGGUAUGGUUACAGCAUGCAUUAUCCCUGAAUCCAUUAAAAGAGCUGCAUUGGCAAGGAAACAACCCAAUGUGGUCGAUUGUAAGGAAACAUAGCAUAUCAGCUUCCAACUUUGGUGCAGUUCUCAGUUCUAAGCAAAGGCGAUUGACAUUGUCACUGAAGAAACAGCUGAUGUCGGCUUACAAUCUGGAGUCCAUCAAGGCUGUUGCAUGGGGUAUCACUCAUGAAGAUGAUGCUUUGAGAAAGUAUGAAAAGGACUUUGAUGCAGCUGUAGAGCAGUCAGGAUAUGGUUGCAUGAAUCCGGAGUGUUGGGAGCUUCACCGGCCUGAUGGCUUAGUUGUUCGACCACCAACAUGCAGUGUAUUUUAUCAAACUCCAGAAGCCAAAGACGCCAUUCCUGAUAUUGUAGAGGUGAAGUGUCCAUAUACAGCAUCGUCUUCAACAGUAGCAGAUGGGGCACAAAAUUUGAAGGAUUUUUCAUAGAUCUUAAACAAGAUACCCUGUGCCUGAAAACCAGUCACCCGUACUAUCAUCAAAUUCAAGGCCAGCUACACAUAUGUAACAAAACAUUCUGCGACUUAAUUGUGUGGACAAGAGUAGACUGCAUUGUGAUUAGAAUAGUAAAAGACAUUGAAUGGACAGCAAAUGUUCCAAAGCUGAUAGAUUUCUACAUUAACAUUUUCAUUCCAGCACUGAUGGAAAACUGAGUUCUGGUUUGAACUUCUUGACACUUAGUUUUGUACCUCUAGAAUUUUCUAACAAUGGAAAAUGGGUAAUCAUGUUAAAUGUGUUGAAUGUUCCCAAGUCUCAUAAAUGUAUGAUAUGAUAUGUCACAAUCCAAUGAAUCCAUCAUAAAACUUCUGGCUUAUAAGACUAUUUUAAAUAGCAAUGAUGAUUAAUAAAAUCUAUGUACUACAUAAAAAAAGAAUAUCAAAAUUUAGAAUCAUUUUAUUAAUGAAUUGAAGAUGUUAUUCUCAAAGUGAAAAUGUAACAUUUUUGUCUUUCUUAAUAGAUAAAUUGUUGAAAACAUGAA